ACCGCUGAGGUCCUAGUGCGGAACUCGGUCUCAGGGGAGUGAAAGGCAAGGGACCACCCUCCUGCCCUUUUCUUCUCCGUCGUGUGUCGGCAACGGGUUGCCACCAGCUUCCGCAUGCAGGAUGAAGAGCUAUAAAACAAUUGGCAAAAUAGGAGAGGGAACGUUUUCUGAAGUUAUGAAGAUGCAGAGCCUGAGAGACGGAAACUACUACGCGUGCAAACAAAUGAAGCAGCACUUUGGAAGUAUUGAGCAAGUGAACAAUCUCCGAGAAAUACAAGCACUGAGGCGCCUGAACCCACAUCCAAAUAUCCUUACGUUGCAUGAAGUUAUUUUUGACAGAAAAUCUGGUUCUCUUGCACUAAUAUGUGAACUUAUGGACAUGAAUAUUUAUGAGCUAAUACGAGGGAGAAGACACCCAUUAUCAGAAAAAAAAAUUAUGCACUAUAUGUACCAGUUAUGUAAAUCCCUCGAGCAUAUGCACAGAAAUGGAAUAUUUCACAGAGAUGUAAAACCAGAAAAUAUAUUAGUAAAGCAGGACGUCCUGAAGCUGGGGGACUUUGGGUCCUGCCGGAGCGUCUACUCCAAGCAGCCGUACACGGAGUACAUCUCCACACGCUGGUACCGGUCCCCUGAGUGUCUGCUCACUGACGGCUACUACAGUUAUAAGAUGGACGUGUGGAGUGCCGGCUGUGUGUUCUAUGAGAUCGCCAGUCUGGAGCCUCUCUUUCCUGGAGCCAACGAACUGGACCAAAUCUCCAAGAUCCAUGAUAUCAUCGGCACGCCUGCUCAGAAGACGCUUACCAAGUUCAAACAGUCGAGAGCUAUGAGUUUUGAUUUUCCUUUUAAAAAGGGAUCAGGGAUCUCUCUACUGACAACCAAUCUGUCCCCGCAAUGCCACUCCCUCCUGUGCGCGAUGGUGGCCUAUGACCCUGAUGAGAGGAUCACUGCCCACCAGGCGCUGCAGCACCCCUACUUCCAGGAGCAGAGGGCAGCCGAGAAGCAGGCUCUGGCCAGCUACAGACACACUCUCCUCCCAGAGCACCCCACAGCCCCGGGGCCUGCCCGCAACAACUGGCACGUGGCCAAGGAGGGCCGGAAGCAGAAACAGUCCCUCAGGCAGGAGGAGGAGCAUCCCCAGAGGCGAGGUCCGGCCUACCUCACAGAGCUGCCCAGACUCAGACUUCCGGGUGUCACGAAGCUGUCCUCCUACUCCAGCCCGUCGCUGUACUCCGUCUUUGCAUCCGGGCCCCACGGGAAGGUGCUGCAGCCCCUCAAGCAUGGCGGUGCCAACAAGAAGACAGAGACACAGAAGGACAUGAAGCCUAACCUGAAGCAGUACCGUUUGCCCACGAUAGAGAGGCGAGGGGGAAGAUGCUGA